GGACCGCGAGAAUAUCCAGCAUGUGCCGUAAUAGAAAGGAAGGAAAUCGGGAGAGAAACAAAAUGCGAACCAAUUUGUGAGGUUUUCUGGUGCAUUAUGGCGCCCACACUUCUGCAGAAACUCUUCAGCAAGAAAGUCGGCAGCAGCAUCAGUAAUGACUGCGAUGGUAGAUUGGAACAACGUUGGGCCUUGGCUGAAUUUGAGUUGGCCCAGAUCAGACUAAUUGUGUAUCAGGACUGUGAACGGCGUGGGCGACAAGUGCUGUUUGACUCAAAAGCCAUCAGAAAACUGGAUGCUGUCAGACCACACAACACAGAAGAGACGGUCAAGAGAUCGAGUGCACCAUGUGAUACUAGUCACCAGACAGGCCCAAAAGACAUUCCUCCCACCUACCAGUACACCAGGCCAGCGUCAGAUGUGAACAUGCUGGGCGAGAUGAUGUUUGGUUCUGUUGCCAUGAGUUAUAAAGGCUCAACUCUCAAAAUUCAUCACAUCAGGUCUCCUCCUCAACUGAUGGUCAGUAAAGUUUUCUCUGCCCGUGUAGGCGGCAGCAAUUCAGGGAGCACAAGCACCUUGCAAGAUAGCCUAGAUUCAAUCAGCCAGACAUGUCCAAGUUAUAGCAGCAGUAUUGCCCACAGCAUGCCAGUCGACAUGCCAGGUCGGGGGCGCAGUGAAGAUGGAGACAGCGGCAUUGUACACUCUGCCUCCCUCAGUAGUCUGUUGGCCACACCCCUCCCUUCACCUGGCUCGUCCACCAGCAGUGGCAGUAGUUACCAACGGCGAUGGCUGCGUAGUCAGGCAACUAGUCUUCAGCAUGGACCUGUGCCACGUUGGAGUACAGAAGAGAUGUUCAACCUUUCAGAUGACAGCUGUGGUUCUAACCCUGCUUUGGUGCGUCGGAAAAAAAUCGCUGUGAGCAUCAUUUUCAGCUUACCAGAGAAAGAGGAAGAAAACAAGGCUUUCCAGGACUUCUUCUUUUCACACUUCCCACUGUUUGAAUCACACAUGAACAAGCUCAAGACCGCCAUUGAGAGGGCUAUGAUCCUAUGCCGAAGGAUUGCAGAAUCUUCCCAGCGAGUACAAGUGUACCUGUGUCGUGUUAUGGACGCAUUAGGAGACUUCAGGAUGACUAUCUGGAACCUCUACAUGGCCCCGCGCAUUAGCGAACCUGUUUGGCUGACCAUGGUGUCUCAGAGCACCGAGCGAAGUGCACUUUGUCAGCGUUUCCUUAAGGAGAUGAGCCUGCUGAUGGAUCACAGCGGCAAAAGCCAGUUUCUCUCUGCUCUACUAACUGCUGUUCUCACGUAUCACCUUGCUUGGGUUCCAACUGUAAUGCCCAGCAAGCAUCUGCCAAUCAAACCCAUCUAUGAGAAACGCUCUUCGCACUCAUUGGAUCAGCUUGCCAAAUCUCACCCAUACAACCCAUUAUGGGCACAGCUAGGUGACCUCUACGGUGCGCUGGGAUGCCCUGUACGCGUGUGUCGCACAGUAGUGGUGGGUCGGCGGAGAGAGCUGGUGCAGAGGGUACUCUAUGUCCUGUCUUACUUCAUCCGAUGCUCCGAUCUCCAGGAGAGCGAUGGCAGACCGCAUGACAUUAUUAGUCCAAGCCCUUGCACCAACCAGGAGGGCCACACAGAAAAUACUGCAGCAUCAUCAGAGGUGCCAGAGGAUACCUCCAGCCCUGACCAGUCUAGUGAUCCCGCAACAAGUCAGACUGUCCAUGUCUCAGACCAGAACAAACUGCUCGCCUCUCUAGCGGAGGACCUGGAUCCCACCUCGUUCUCUGAAAGGACCAAUGACAGCCUCUUAUCACUUAGCACUCAGGACUCCGAAACAGGUCUUGAUUGUUUGGGUGCUUGCCCUGACCCUGUUGGCACGGAGACGGAAGAAGUUGAUUCAUCCAAUCAGAGUCCUUUGCUCCAUCGGGCUCACUUCCUCAUCGGUUCUUCUCAGGACCAAGAGGAGGAGUCGCCUUUCAAAGGUCACACUGCUGCUGCUUCUGCUUCUGCACCUCUUGGUUUGGAUAAGAAGUGGUCACUCCGAGGGUUGAUGGACAUGCGACAAAACGAGAGUUUGGAUUCUGCACUUGGGGAUAGCGAUGCUGAGGAGACGCCAGCACAGCAACCGUGUGUGUCGCCAGAACAGCAUCAUGAGCUGCCUUUACCCAGUUGUGAGAUGAAUGUAAAGCCCAGUGUGAACCACUUUGGCCGCUCAUUAUUAGGAGGCUACUGCCCCCAGUACAUGCCAGACUUUGUCCUUCAUGGAAUCUCUAGCGAUCAGCGCCUCAAGCAGUGCCUGAUGGCCGACCUGGAGCACACUGUGCUGCACCCGGCACUAGACGAACCAGUGGCAGAGGCUGUGUGUAUUGUGGCAGACACAGACAGGUUGUGUGUGCAGUUGUGUACAAGCCAACGUCGCGUGUUUGAGACGGGACGCCUGGGAAGAGACGUCCUCGUGUCUGGAUUAGUAUGCAACAUUCUUACAUCAGUUCUACAGCUACAGAAACUCAACCUGAGUGCUGAGUUUUGUGUGAUGCACCUUGAAGAUCGUUUACAAGAAGUGUACUUUAAAAGCUGCACUCUAGCAGAGUAUCUGAGGGGCCAGACCAGAGUGCAUGUCAGGGAGCUGGGACUGGCUUUGGGGAUUGAGUCGAGUGAUCUCCCCUUGCUUGCAGCCGUGGCCAGCACACACUCGCCUUAUGUGGCUCAGAUUCUGCUCUGAACCAGCAAACCAAUCAGGACCCUACGCUAAGGACCUAAACAGAAUGUGCGUGCGUG